GUUAAAAACAAGCACGCAAAUCACAACCACACCAUCUGUAUGCCUUAUCUAUGCCUUAUCUAUGCGUAUUAUUAUCACGUAUUAUUGAUUUGUGAUAUUUUAUUAUUAGCCGCUAUUUCCAAUUGAGAUCUCCUUCUCCUUCUCACUAAUGGCAAAUUCAGAGGAACAACAAUCGCUCAACGGUGGAUGUAUCGAUGACGAGGACCCCGCCGAUCAAAUAUCGGACGCAGCCGAUCUGUAUCCGGAGGGCGGCGCCGAGACGUCAGAGCCCGUGACUACUUCGGUCACGAGAAGGUUAACGGAGAUAUUUUUGGCGGACGGCGACGGGGAUCUGCUCCUGCAGAGCAGCGAUCCAGAGGGCGGUUUUCUUCAGUGGUUUCACGCCUUGGAUAUGCAGGUGAUGGGGGCCUGCAGGGGGGAUGAGAGGUUGAAGCCCUUGCUGAAGCUUAACGUCGCUGCUGGCGUGGCUGAGGAUGGUCUGCUAGCUCACCUGGUUCAGCACUUCGAGCCUUCAGAAGUUGGUUUGAUAGCCAGUUGUUUGUGUGUACCUCUGGUUUCCAUUCGUGUUGGAAGGAUAGACAAGCAAGGGGCCCUCAUGUCUCCUACAUCUAUAAGAUUGUUUCUCACUUGGUUAUUUGCCUCCAAGUUUCAGACAUAUCAUAAUCUCCCUCUUGAUCGGCACCUACAUGCUGGAUUCUGUCUUAGAUCCCUGCUUCUUGAUAUGACUGAGGUGCGUAUGACAUGUGAAGAUACUGGGAAGGUUGGUGUGCCCCAUGAUUUAAUUUCUCAUAUUCCCCAUGUAGCAAGAAAGCCGUGGCAUUUAAUGGGGAAUUUACAUCUCACCCUUUUGCCAACUUCUGCUUUGCGAGUAUCAUUUAAUGGGGAUGAUGGAUCUGUGGAGAGGCUGGCAACAUUAAGUACUGAGGUGCACUCAAGCAACACAGUUAUGGAAGAGAUCCCUUCAGACAAGUCUGGAAGGUCUUUCCUAAUAAAAACACCAGAUAAUGUUUCCUAUUUUUGGUGUUCUGAAAAAUCGAAGCUUUUAGGGGAUGAACUGCUCAGGAAGAUGAAGGAUUUGCUUGUGACGAAACCUUCACUGGCUGAAUUAACUGGAAUUAGUGAGUCGCGCCUCAACUAUUUCGCUAGUCAUCUUCGAGCAUAUCUUACUGAUACUGUGUUAAGUAGUGCUCAAGCCAGUGGCCUUCUCUUGUCUAACCUGGAAGACGAUUCAGACAGUUAUUCUGAUCUUUCUUCACCCCAAUCUCCAUCCAAUUUUCCCAAGAGUCUGUGUCAAGUGUCAAAGACCAACUUGAUCUAUCUGGGUAGUCUCAGUCCCAAUUCAGGUUCUUUUGAGGAGGGCCUGCAAAAAAAUUCAUCUUCCUUGAGGAGUGCUGCAGCCCAUGAAGAAAACUACAUGAGAUGUGUUGGCAGCCAAUCUCUUGCUUCAUUAAACUGCACCAUCUUAUCCGGUCCCACUUGCUUUCCUAAAGACAACAUUACUGAAACAAGCAGUAGUAUUGCUCACUCAUUCCCAGCAUUAGAUUUCUUGGAUGUAUUAGAAAAGUCAGUCCCGGGCCAGGAAAUAAAAAUACCUUCAUCAUCUACUCUCUCCCCUCAGUACUGCUGGUGCCCACCCGUUGUAUCAGUGCCAAUUGUCUUGGCAACUGAGCCAUUUUCUCUGCCCCCACUUUCUUCUCUGCUGUCAAAGCCACUUGUGAAUGUGGCUGAGCUCCCACCUCUCGAUUUUCCCACUCUCGAUUUUCCUCUGGCAAACUCACGACAGCUUCCAACAUUUACACCUUUGAUGUGCGACCCAAUCGUGCAUGUGCCUGUGAUCGAUGUCUGCUCGUCGGGCUACUUGGCCACUUCGCUUGCGGGCGCGGAAUCCGAAAAGGGUGCUCGGGAGACUCUUCGGAUGCUCGUGAAUGGGUCAUCCAGCCAGGGGAGUAAUGUCGAGCAAAACGUGUUUGGGGGGCUUUAUAGUGGCACGAGGGAUGUGGUGGCUGCCAGCAUGUCUGCUGCUGCUACUACUGUGGGGCUGGUUUUGUUGUCUGAGAAAAGAUGCCUUGGCAGGGAUAAUUUGGUGAUUGAUCACAAGGAGAAGCCAUCUGGGUCUGGGUCUGGGUCGUCUGAGUUUGAUUAGGGGGUCAGUUGAUUUUUGGUGGACUGUUAUUGUAUUUAUUUCAGCUUUUUUGUGUAAAUUUCUUUUUGUUUCCUUCUGUUUCGUGUAUAUAUGCUGGUUUAGUUUGGUCUUGUGUUGUGACAACUUUUAUCUGGUAAGGUUUUACAGUGUUAACUGCUCUUUAUGAAAUUUUAAUGUGAUCAUCCAUUUUUUUUGAGAAGGUGAAAGUGAAAAAGAAAGUGCGCCAGCUGUUUGUUUAUUGAUUCUGUUACAAUGAUGAGCAUUAGUUCUUUUAUAUUUUUUUUUUAUCACUCGAUUUUGAGAUGAUAAUGUGUUUAGUAUUUGGACGAUUUUUAAUUUAAGGGGAUGAUGAUAUAUGUAUUUUGUAAUUUUCAUUUUUA